GGAGGUCCAACCUGUGGGUUCGCCGCAGUUUUAUCGGGCAGCGCUGCGAUGGUUGCUCGCCGUACGGGAGCUCAGUUCAGUCCGAAUCCGGCUUAUUCGCCACACGUGUGUCUGCAGUACAGGAUGAGCGCAGGAGUCGGGAGGCGUGUGGACGUCUCUCGGCGGACACACUGAGCCUCUGAGCGACUUUGUCACUCAUUUGUGCGGGAUUAUUGUGUCGCACGGACUCGGAGCGUAACUGGAGAGAAAUGGAGAGGAAAGUUGCGAAGAGGUCCGAGAGCGGCGGCAGCGGCAGCGGCGACGGGAGCUUCAGCUUGGAGAAGCUGUCCGGGGGCGAGACCCAGAGCGCCGAUGCGCCCUUGGUUCCUGGGACUCGGGACAGCGAUGGGGCCCUUAGUCUUAGACAGUCGUCAUCAUGGCAGUGCGAAACGCGGACGGCGAGAGGCCAAGAAGAGGAGGAGGAGGAGGAAGAAGAGGAGGAGGAGGGUAAAGAAAGACAAGAGUACAGCGAGGAAGAGGAGGACGAAAUGUUGGAUGACAUCCUCUGCCCUCCUUCCAUCCCCUUCCGGAAGUCCAGCAACCCGGAGGUGUCCUAUGGCUCGGCAGUUGCCCUGAAGUUCAAGCGACAGCUCAGCGAAGAUGGGAAGUACCUAAGGCGGGGCAGUCUGGGUGGAGCCCUCACUGGAAAGUAUCUACUUCCGUACGCCUCUCCGCAGCAAGCCUCGUCCCCUGCCACAGAGACCUCCAAUUUGGUGCGCAUGCGCUCCCAGUCCCUGGGCAAGUCGGCCCCGUCACUCAGCGCCAGCCUGAAAGAACUGAGCCUGCCGCGAAGAGGAAGUUUCCUCACUCCGAGAAGCUUGAGCCCAACUCCCACAAGCCCCUGCAGCCCUUGCAGCCCGCUGCACGCAUUUCACUUCUGGAGUUGCAGGACGAGCAACAGGAAAAGCCUGAUUGGGAGUGGACAGUCCACAGGUCUCCCACGGCCCCACUCGCCACUCUCUGCACACACAGGAACCAGCCCCCAAGACAGCCCCAGAAAUUUUUCUCCUAGUGCCUCUGCCCACUUCUCCUUUGCACGAAGUCAUGGCCACAGACCAGACAGGACUGAUGGGCGACGCUGGUCUUUGGCAUCUCUUCCCUCCUCGGGUUAUGGGACAAACACCCCCAGCUCUACUGUCUCUUCGUCCUGUUCAUCACAGGAGAAACUGCACCAGCUGCCGUUCCAGCCCACGCCCGACGAGCUACACUUCCUGUCCAAACACUUCUACACAGAGAGCAUCACGGGGGAGGAGCGCCGGAGGGCGGCGUCCAUGCGUCCGCGCUCCCGCAGCCUCAGUCCUGGAAGGUCUCCAUCCUGCUGUGACCAUGAGAUUAUUAUGAUGAACCAUGUGUACAAAGAGAGGUUUCCAAAGGCCACUGCUCAGAUGGAAGAACGGAUGCAGGAGAUCAUACGCACUAGCUCCCCAGAGAGUGUACUCCCCUUGGCUGAUGGUGUGCUCAGCUUCGCCCACCACCAGAUCAUUGAGCUGGCCCGAGACUGUCUGGAGAAGUCCCGCCAGGGCCUCAUCACCUCCCGCUACUUCUGUGAGCUCACCGACAAGCUGGAAAGACUCUAUCAGGAGUCCACUGAGCGGUCUGAGAGUGCAGAGGUGACCUUCAUCAAGGAGCUUGUGAAGAAGAUCCUCAUUGUCAUCGCUAGACCAGCACGACUCCUCGAAUGUUUGGAGUUUGACCCAGAGGAGUUCUAUCAUUUGCUGGAGGCAGCGGAGGGCCACGCCAAAGAGGGGCAAGGCAUCAAGACGGACAUCCCUCGCUACAUCAUCAGUCAGCUGGGUCUCACCAGGGACCCCCUGGAGGAAAUUGCACAGUUGGCCAGCUAUGACAGCGGCAUCGCCGAAACCCCGGAAACAGAUGAUUCUGUGAGUUCUCAGAGCCUAAGUGCAGCCUUGAGGUCUCGGCGCAAGCCUUGCGGAACAGACUUUGAGAUGAUUAAACUUAUCAGCAACGGCGCUUAUGGGGCUGUAUACCUGGUACGGCACAAGGAGACCAAGCAGCGCUUUGCCAUGAAGAAGAUCAACAAGCAGAACCUGAUCCUUCGGAAUCAGAUCCAGCAGGCAUUUGUGGAGCGUGACAUCCUCACCUUCGCCGAGAACCCCUUUGUGGUCAGCAUGUUCUGCUCCUUUGAGACGCGCCGCCACCUCUGCAUGGUCAUGGAGUAUGUGGAAGGAGGGGACUGCGCUACUCUGCUGAAGAACAUGGGCCCGCUGCCUGUGGACAUGGCUCGCAUGUAUUUUGCAGAGACCGUCCUGGCCCUGGAGUACCUGCACAACUACGGCAUCGUCCACAGGGAUCUGAAGCCGGACAACUUACUGGUGACCUUAAUGGGACACAUCAAACUCACAGAUUUUGGGCUGUCCAAAGUAGGCCUCAUGAACAUGACCACCAACCUGUAUGAGGGACACAUUGAAAAAGAUGCCAGGGAGUUUUUGGACAAGCAGGUGUGCGGGACCCCUGAGUACAUUGCCCCGGAGGUCAUCCUGCGUCAAGGGUACGGGAAGCCUGUGGACUGGUGGGCCAUGGGUAUCAUCCUGUAUGAGUUCCUGGUGGGCUGUGUGCCCUUUUUUGGGGACACACCUGAGGAGCUCUUUGGACAGGUCAUCAGUGAUGAGAUCAACUGGCCGGAGGGGGAGGAUGCUCCACCACCUGAUGCACAGGAGCUGAUCACCCUGCUGCUGAGGCAAAACCCGCUGGAGCGACUGGGCACAGGUGGGGCAUAUGAAGUCAAACACCAUCCAUUCUUCCACAACCUGGACUGGAACGGCCUACUGAGGCAGAAAGCAGAGUUCAUCCCACAGCUGGAGUCAGAAGAUGACACAAGCUACUUCGACACCCGAUCGGAGCGGUACCAUCACCUGGAAACGGAGGAGGAGGACACCAAUGACGAAGACUUCAAUGUGGAACUCCGGCAGUUCUCUUCCUGCUCUCACAGGUUCUCCAAGGUGUACAGCAGCUUGGACUUGUCCCGUGGACAGCUGGAGGAGAAGGGUGAGCAGGAAGAGAAGGCCAAAAGUGGAAGUCCCCUGAACAUUGACUCUCUCAGCUGGACUCCCGAAUUCACGGAGAUGCCUUCCCUGUCCCACUCAUCAGAUGCACAGAACACCAGUCUCAGUCAGCGUUCCGGGGUGCUCCCCAAGUUUGCAAUAUCAGCAGAAGCUGAGGAAGUGGGAGAGCCGCUGGCUCGAGGGGACUCCAGCAAAGUGGCCUUCACCAUCGGGGAACUUCCUGCAGACGAGCCAGAUGCCACUACACCCGGCAGCACUCUCAGUGGCUCCACACUCUCCGGAAGCUUCUCAGAGCACCUGGAUCAGCUCAACUCUCGAGGAGAAGGAGUGGAGAGUCCGGAUAACUCCUCAAAGAUGUCGGGUGACCUGGGCGCCCAUGCUGCAAACCCUGCUUCAGAUGGAGCUGAGAAGUUGAAAGCUGCAAGCAAAGUGCCCAAAUCUGUGUCUGCUGGUGCCCUCUCUCUCAUGAUCCCAGGAGAUGUAGUUGGAGCAUCGCCCCUGUGCAGCCCCUUGUCUCCCUACUCGCUGUCCUCGGACCCCUCCUCCAGAGACUCAUCACCUAGCAGGGACUCAUCGCUCUGUGCCGGCAGCCCCCAGCAGCCCAUUGUUAUCCACAGUUCUGGGAAGAAGUUUGGCUUCACGCUGCGGGCAAUACGUGUAUACGCCUGCGAUAGCGAUGUCUACACCGUCUACCAUAUGGUCUGGAAUGUGGAGGAACGUGGUCCUGCUCACAUGGCUGGGCUGAAGGCUGGUGACCUCAUCACUCAUGUCAAUGGAGAGUCUGUCCAUGGGCUGGUGCACACAGAAGUAGUGGAGCUUCUGCUUAAGAGUGGGAACAAGGUGGCCAUUUCUACCACACCAUUUGAGAACACUACCAUUAAAACUGGUCCAGCCAGAAGGAACAGCUAUAGAAGUAAGAUGGUGCGACGAACAAAGAAGCCAAAAAAGGAAAAGACACAGGAAAGGAGGCGCUCUCUGUUUCGGCGCUUUGCCAUGCAACCCUCCCCACUCCUCCACACCAGCAGGAGCUUCUCUUCUCUCAACCGCUCUCUUUCUUCUGGGGAAAGUCUCCCAGGCUCCCCAACACACAGCCUGUCUCCCCGAUCCCCAACAGCAGCCUUCCGCUCCACUCCAGACUUCAACCAGUCAGGUGGAACCUCUUCGCAGAGCAGCUCCCCAAGCUCCAGUGCUCCAGAUUCUCCAGCAGGUUCAGGCCACAUACGUCCCAGCACCUUGCAUGGAUUGGGUCCCAAGUUAACAGGCCAGAGACUGCGCCAGGGCCGCCGAAAAUCAGCAGGCAACAUCCCUUUAUCACCCCUGGCCCGCACACCCUCCCCAACCCCACAGCCCACAUCACCUCAGCGCUCCCCUUCCCCACUCUUGAGUCACUCUCUAGGAAGCUCCAAAACGACCCAGACCUUCCCUGCCAAAGUGCACUCUCCACCAACAAUUGUCCGCCACAUGGUACGGCCCAAAAGUGCUGAACCUCCACGCUCACCUCUUCUCAAAAGGGUCCAGUCAGAAGAGAAACUCUCUCCUUCCUACACUGGUGACAAGAAACAUCUGUGCACCCGCAAGCACAGCCUGGAGGUGACACAGGAGGAAGUGCAGGGAGAACCCAUCUCUAAAGACAACACUUUGCAGAGCUUGGAAGAGACAUCCUGUGAGACCCCAGCUGUUACUCGAGUGCGACCUGCCGAGCAAGGAUGCCUGAAGCGGCCUGUCACUCGGAAGGUGGGCCGGCAGGAGUCGCUUGAUGAGCUGGACAAAGACAAGCUGAAGGCCAAGGUUGUGAUGAAGAGGCAAGACUGGACAGAAAGGCGGGAGUCCCUGCAGAAGCAGGAUGCCCUGCAGGAUCCCGAGAUCACCUAUGCCAGACCCCUGGGCAGCUCUGAGGCACUUCCAUCAGAUAGCAAGCCCUCGGGUGCCACCCUGAAAGAUGCACUGUACAAGAAGCUGAACACGCGGGCAAGUGAGAGCGUCAUUGAGCCACUGGGCAAGUGCAAUGACUCUGUGCCCACUGUCAACGAAAGCAUCAGGUCGCCAUCCACUCAGAGUGCCCAGGAAUGGAACUCUCAGAAAGCAGAGAGAUCAUUGUCUAGGCAGAUAAAAGAGGCAGGGAAACCUGAAAGGCUCGAUUUCAAGGCACCCAACAUUGAGUUUGCCAGGAAGAGGCAAUCGUUUGAAGAGAGGGAGGACUGUAUAUGUAGAAUCUCUCCCACCAUCCAUGAAGGUCUCCACCUCAGUGCAACGAGAUCCAAAAGUCUACAGCUGGAUUCCAGUAUAAUUCUGGAUCAUGUGAAGGGUUCAGCAAGCAGUCUAAAUAGCAUGUCAGUUAUUAAUACUGAAGCACUGGCCCCUAAACUCCUCAGUGGCAGAGGUGAGACUGCUGUGGAAAAGCUCCAGAUGAUAUCAUCUGCUGAAGGGCCCAUCCGGAAGACUUCUUCUGAGUACAAACUGGAAGGUCGGCAUGUCUCUUCCCUUAAACCUCUGGAGGGAACUCUGGACAUUGGCAUGCUAUCUGGACCCAGGGCAUCUAAAACAGACACUUGUAUCUCCAAGAUAGCUGAGAGUCAAAAUAGUAUGAUUUCUGGAACACUGGAGCGACAGCAGGCUCAUGGGGAGAAACUGCCAUCCACUCAGCAGAAAUCCACAGAAAGGCAGAAGAGCACCACAGCUGUUGUGAACCAGGGACCCUCAGUGGUACUGGGUUCUAAAGACCCUAUCAAAGAGGAUUCUGCUGCUGCAAAGGACAGUUUUGGACACAUGGUUGUAAAAUGCAGUAGCAUAAAUAACAAGAACACAGUUGAUCAUUCUGAUGCCAUAAACAGUGCUGUGAAGAUGGAGGUUGCUGAUGUCAUUGGAAAAUCCUCCACGAAAGCAAGUCCAUCUAUGGUACAUGAUUUGAGAGCUACUCGCGCAAGUGCACAUCCUUCAUGUGGGAGAACCCCUUCAAUUAGAGAGGCCAGCAAUGAAGAUCAAGAGGAUGAGCUUGAGAAACCUCAGGAAGCACUUGCUUCCCAGCUUGAGGGCAACAAUGGACCUUCACAAAAGUCUAUAACUAAAAACCCUAAACCAGGAAGUCCCAAAAGGGUCAUGCCAGAGAUCCUUUUGGUAAAUAAAUCUGCAACUGAACAGCAAUCAGAUCCAGUCAAACGAAGCAGUGAUUCAAAGUCAGAUUUGAUCCAGAGUCUGAAGUGCACUGAAAAGGAUAAACAAUCCACAGCCCAGAGCCUCCUGUUGCCUUCUCCAUUACCAGCCUUUGGCGUUGUGAAACAGGCAGCUGCAGAGCCAUCAUCAGAGCCACCUAAAAAAUCCACAGGUGGCCUGGACAAACCUAAUGCAGUGCAAAGGAUCUCCUCUGUUUCAUCUGUAGGCUUACCAGAUGUCAGCCGAGCCAGUGCUCAGGUUCCAAGGGAACAGCUUGCUGCUGUCAAAGUUCAUAGCUCAGAUAAGCCCCAGACAGGAGCUCCGGUCUCAAAGGAGGACAUUAGUCUUGCAACUGUGCCUACAGGAAAAGAUAUUAAAACCUUCAAGAUCACUGGAGACAACAUCUUGGAAGCCAUGAAGACCAUUCCAAAAGUUGACAUGAAAUGCAAUAAGUUAAAGGAUGCAAAUGGUGCAAAUGCAAAGGCUGAUGCUGCACAAGGGUGUGAUCAGAAGAGGGACAGUCCUGCUGCUGGCAACCUUGUGGUUGCAAGCAGCACAUCAAAGCUCAGCAUUGCUCCUAGUAUGCCAAAAAUAAUGAGCAACACUGGUAAGAUUGCAGACAAUGAGCAGGAACUGCUCAAGCACAGACCUGUGGAGAAAAUUCUGAUGAAACGGGCCACUAGUAAAUCUGGUUCAUCUGAAACAGGAAGCUCAAACCUGAAGAAUCAGAGAGAUGAUUCCAAAACGGAGAUGAUCUCUUCUGUACAGACAGCAAAGCUGUUACAAUGUGUCACCUUUAGUGAAACACAGGUCCCCCCGAAUCCCCAAAUUUCCACCAAAGUUAAGCCAAGAGUGGAAGUCCUCCCUGUGUCUUUGCCUAGCGGAAAAGCAGUGGAGAGCCCUGGUAAACACGAGGGGAAGACUUCCGACUUGCCAGUUAGUCAGUCAGUUCGGCAAGGUGUGAAUGUAAAGCAAAAAGAACAAAUGUCUGUCAGCGCGAGCAGACUUCAGAUUCAGAAAGAGUGUGCGAAACAGACCGGUGUUCAAAUGACAUCUCCUCCUAGUGCUUCUCCACCUGUGUUGCCUGUGCCAGCAGAGAUGAGAAAAGAAGCACAAAAUCACAAAGAGCCACUUCUGGCCAAGGUUAGUACAAGCACAGCAGAUGAGAGGACAGUCGCAGCUUCCAAGGAGGAGCAGGCAAAGCAGCGUACUCAAAGCACUAGGCCAGAGCCCAAGAGCCAAACAGUCAGCAGGGAUGUUGUCGCACAGAGCGCUACAGUUAAACCCGAACCGAAAUGCGCACCGUUGGAAACUCGGCCGGGACACUCGGAGAAGUCAGCUCCUCCUAGGCAGGAACAAACUGAACACAAAAAAAAGGAGAAGGCUCUUGAGCAAACCCCCCCAACUAAAAGUGUGCGAAAAGAUUCAGCAAAAACUGCAGCUUUGACGAGCGAUAGCACUGUGUCAGAGAAGGAUUCUGCACGACACAAGGCUGCCAAGGAACCGGCACGUGGCUUCUGCCACAAAAAAUCAUAGGAGAUACACGAGAGGUAGAUAAGAGUUCCACUGCCUCGUGUCGGGGGAAACGAGUCCAGUAUGUUUGGUUUGAUGCACAGUAUUGUUCUAAUUUGGUAGGAGAAAAUGUUUCUUUCCAUAUGCCUUCAUUUCUGAGAACCGGUGAAGCUGUUACCACAGUAUUUGAACAGCAUGAGGUUUGCGUGUGUGUAAGCGUGUAAGAAAUCUAUCAUUAUGUUUGUUUUAUGUGUGCGUGUGAAUAUAUUGGUGAAGGGAUUUGCACUGAAAAUUGUCUAAAAAAGAAUAUCAAAUGUAAGACUGAAUGUAGAUGUCCUGAUUUGCUGCUGAUAUGAAUUGUUCACCAAAAUGUUUCAUUGUUAAUGUUUCUUGCUCUGUGGUCAUUUCAGAAGUACUUCUCAGCAGGGGCAGAAAAAGUUAAAUCGGUGUUAUAGGGUGAGGCGACAUUGCAUUUGUUCACAGCAGUAGUUUGUGUAGUCACUACAUUGAGAAACUGGGACAGGCAUGCUCAAGGUUUGAACUGUUUGUACCAGUUUGUACCGGGGGUGGUUUUUAACUAACGCUCUCGGAUCAGUUGUCGACCUGAUACCUAGGAUCCCCAGAAACUGGCGGUGAUUUUCACCUGCAUUUUAUGAAUGGUAAAUCCUAUUAGAUUCAAAAGGCAAUACUAUUCGUUUCUUCAUUUAAAACUGCUUACCUGCAUGUAAAUUGAAGCCCUCCAAGCCAUUAUUCAACGUUUAAAACAGUAUAUCAUCCAUGCUGAUAAAGUGCCAAGGAUUCAUCAUGCAAAUACCAGAAAGAAAACAUCACCAAAUCUUUUUGAGUAGAAUUGUUUUCAAAGAAUGUGAGUGCGCAAUUUUUGUUUUGGGUAGUGGUGCACAGAAGGCAUGCACUGAGUACUGUGCUUCUCACCUAGAACUAUUAAAUAUAGAAUCAUCUUAUGGUUCUGAAGUUUCAUGGAGUCGUAUCUAGUGGAAGGGGCCUUACGCUUUCGUGGGUACUACAUCUGCUGUUUUUAGCAGGUUUGGGUGACGUUCACAUUCCUUUUCACAUCUCUUUACAUUUCUAAAAGUUUAAUUUUUAUGCAAACCCUGUAAAUAUGACAAAAUUAACUGUAAAAAAGGGGGUAAAUGGGCUUAAUUCAAAUGUGAGUGUUUGUUAUAUAUGUAUAUAUUUUGCUAGGUUAUAUGUUUGUAUACUUUAAGAUAUGUAAUUAGUUUGGAAUCAUUUUUGUCUGCUUCUCAUCUCUUCUCAAAUAAGCUAAGGCGAUGACAACACAUGCCGAUAAAAGGCACUGGGCAACACGAGUAUCAUAUCUCCAAACUUUUAAGACAGAAUAAGGGGUUUUUUUCUACUUGAAGUCACAGAAACUAAACUAAUUUUUGAACCUUUCCACAGAAAAAAUGUAGCUUUAACAUAGCAGUCAGAUACUUAUCUGGACUGUUCUGUCCUGAUGGUGAUGUAUUGUGAAACCUGUGUCUUUAGUGUAACCCUUGCAUACAUAACCUUAGCUAAGGAUAGUAUAAUAUGCAGUGCAAAGGAAGAAAACCCAAGACUGCAAAGUGAAAUGCACAGUAUGUACUGAAUUGAAGGAAAAUCUAUUGGAAUUUUUUUGUAAUCUAAAAUUGAGGGUGUUGAGAAAUUCCUGUUGAAACUUGUAUUGGUCGAGAUACACAAAACUAAAAAACCACUACUGGUUAUGAAUGAAGAGGCAUUUGUAGCCUGAGCUUUUUGCAAAUGAAAAAGACAAUCAGACUUGCAGGAGAGCAGGUGAUUUAGGCCACGUGUUCUAGCAUAUGGAAUAAAACUUAAAAAACAAAAAAAAAAAAAAAAAAAAAACAAAAAAAAAACCCAGUCUUUGUGACAAAUUGGAUGAAUACAGUCAUUUAGUCUCAUAACUGGUCAGUGCAAACUGAUUUAUUAGUAACGCAUUAGAAACGUUUAGAGAAAAGGAUAUGCAUGCACUAUGUACACUUCUUGAUAGCCGUGCACUUGUAGUCCUGUGAUAUACAUAUUCAAAUUAAAGUAUUAACUUUAUUUUCCUUUUUAUUUGUUAUGCUAUAUACAGUGUAACACCUUUAUACAUAGUUUUGACAUUCCUGUUGGAAGCUUCUCCUGCUGACAUUUGCACAGAUUCUUUGGUUACGUAACAGUACAUUUAUAGUGUGCUUGCAUCUUCAUUUUUAGGGAGUUGAUUUUACAAAACAAGUGUGACAGUAUGCAACCCUUUCUCUAGUACUGUUAAGCAACCUGAAAGUAACCAUUUCUGUCUGCCUUUGAUCUAAAGAAUAAGUGCGAUGCAGCAUGUACAUGUUUAUCCAUCUUUUAUGACUGAUGACAUUGGCUGCAUCUGUUCAAACACCUAUUUUAUAAAUGGUUUUCCUGCAAGGCUGUAGAAAAACAAUAUGAAGCUUAAGUGUGUAUUUGUAUACACUUAAUGUUAACCAGAUAGUGAAAUACAGUAAACCAUAUUUGCAAUUAUAUCUUCUCCAUUAAGUGAGUGAACUCUUACUGUAUCUUGCUAAAGUAAAUUAUAAACGUAGAGUACAACUUUUAGAAAUAGCAUACUUUAGGAAUGCACGGUUUAAAGAAAAUGUCAGUAACCGUCUGCGCAGAAUUUAAAAUUAACAAGAUCAGUUUUAUUAUUACCAUUAAAUUUUACAGGACAGAAUUAAAAUGUUUUGUGUUUUACAGUAUCUGUUCUACAAUGUCCAUGGGACAAAAUGCACCUUAACAAAACUCUCCACCCCCACCCAACAACACACAUACCAUCCUCCCCUCAGAUACUGUACAUUUGAUAUGAUAUUUUAAAAAGAACGUUAGAGUUGAAGAGAGCAGAAAAAUAUGAGGUUUGUUAUGUCUUUAUCAUGUAUAGCUAUAUUAUCAGUACCAUAAAUAAGUGAGAUUUUAAGUGAGAGGAAACUUGUUUUUCCCCAAGGCAGGUGGACCGUCUAAAUCGUUAAGAAGCACAUUUGCCAUUUUGUUUACAAAUGCUUCAUGGAUGUAUAUUUGACACACUGUGUUAUUCAUUUGCCAAAUCUGUGUGCUACGUCAUGACCUGUACGUGGUGAUAGUGUAGUUUGUGCCUCACUGUCCCUGCCAGCUCUGCUGUAAAGACUGUCGACGUGUGAUAGCCAGUUCAAGUCUUCGUGUAAACCGGUUUGUCUAGUUCUGUAUGGGUUUUUUUUUUCCUGUUUUUGUUUUGUUCAUUUUUUGUGAACUAGUAUUAGAUUAAAUUACUAAGGUUUGUCUUUAGGAUCUGUGCAAUAAAGAAGUGUUUGCAUUUUUGUAUUUUUGCCCAUGGAAAGCUCUAUGGAUGUCAUAGAUGUAUAUUAAACAGAUAUUUAUACUUCUAAAGUGGCAUAACACUAAAAAAAAAAUAAA